GGAUAAAUUGCUCCUCACUUUAAAGCACGUUUUAGGUAUUUUCGUUUUCUCAUCUCACCUGUAAAGAUAAAUUGGUUAUUCUGAAAUUAUGGCAAGGCCAAAGUAAAAAUCUACUACAUUGGCUAUAUGAUUUUAGUGUUGGCAAUGCCGUACAAGUAAGAAGUAAACAAAAUCAGCUGUUAAUUGAAAUUAAUUUGCAAUGGAAAACUCACAAUUAAAAAGAAAACGAGGUAAAAAUUUUACUUCUCAGGAGGAAGUUGUGUUAGUGGAGUUGGUCCCUGACCAAAGAGAUGUAAUUGAAAGCAAAAAAUCAGAUGCGGUAACUUGGAAACAAAAGGAGGAGGCCUGGAAAAAGUUGGCGGAGCGCUUUACUGCAAGGAUUGGUGUCCAACGAGAGUGGAAGACUCUAAGGUACAAGUUCGAGAGCUUAAAACAGAAAAUCCAAAGCCGAAAUGGCCUCAGAAAAAUGCGAGCUAUAUCGCACAGGUGGUAGUUCGGCGGCUGUAAGGAGCAACAGCGUAAUAACGAAAAAAGUUGCUACCAUUUUGGGGGAGUCAGCCACUGGAAUGGAAAAUGCAUUUGAUGGUGAUGAAAUUGAUAUUAGUACUCCGGAAAAAUCCAAAGUGCACCAUGAAGAACCAAAUAAUUCCGACGAUCUAAACCAGGAGAAUCUGGAAAUCAUUGAUGUUGAAGGAGAAGAAUGGUCUUCUUGGACACCCAACUCUUUGCGAACCAGAAAAUCUUCCAAACUUUUGGUCGACCGUCCUGUCACCCGCAAGCGUACUUUGGAAGAAGAGAAGACUAAAUUGGCAGUUUUUCAACAAAAAUUUUAUGAAGAAGAAAAUGUCCGGGCACAGGAAAAACAUGAGCAAGAGUUAAUAGCAUUACAAUUGAAAAAUGAGCUUCUUCAGUUAGAAAUUAUAGAAAAAAAAGCGAAAUUAGAUUCAAACAAUAAUGUGACUUAGAUAUGGAUGUACAUAUAUAUGUAUAAACAUCGUUAUUAACAUACAUAUACGCCUACAUAUAUGUAUAUGGAUCUAUAUAAUACGUAUACGCUUGUGUGUAUGAAAAAGUAUAAGUUGACAGUAAAAUAUAUAUGAAUAUAUAUUCUAUAUAUUUAUAUAAUGUGUAUUACAAUUGUACGCCA